AUGAAUAAAACCAAUAUAAAUUCUUACCUUUCAACUCACGUAGCUCCCAUUCAGCAACCGAACUCUCCUCCUCAAUCGCCUUACAUUUCAGACAUGAACGGAAACGGAAAAAUAUCAAGAGGGUACGAUGCAAAAAGUCCGCCAAAAAAAGAAAUGUAUCAAUACAUUGCGCCUUGGCCUGUCUAUGGAUUGGACUGGUCGAAACGUCCACAAGAAAAAGCGUUUCGACUUGCUUUAGGAAGUUUCAUUGAAGAAUGCGACAAUAAGCUUCAAAUAAUUACACUGGCUGAACUUGCAUAUGACGACCCAUAUCAACGCCCACCAAAUGUUGACUUUGUCAAGAUUGCCGAAAUAGACCAUCAAUAUCCGAUUACCAAAGUUUUAUGGGAGCCAUACAAAGGCGGCUCUUCAAAUCCCGAUUUAUUAGCAACAGCUGGUGAUCAUCUGCGUCUAUGGGAAAUCACAGACGAUGUACUUCCAACAAACAAUAGUAUUGGUGCAAAUAACAAUAAUGGUUUUCGACAUCAACGAUUAAUUCAACGACAUUUACUAGCAAAUCCAAAAGCAGAUUUCAGUGCACCAUUAACAUCUUUUGACUGGAAUGAAGUUGAUCCGACGCUAGCAGUCACGUCUAGUAUUGAUACAACAUGUACAGUGUGGAAUGUAGAAACCACUCAGGCAAAGACACAAUUGAUUGCACAUGAUAAGGAAGUUUAUGAUGUUGCUUUUGCAUCUGGUACUGUAGAUGUAUUUGCAAGUGUCGGCGCUGAUGGAAGCGUAAGAAUGUUUGAUUUGAGAUCACUAGAACAUUCCACAAUAAUCUACGAGACGAAUACUUCUCCUGUUAAUUCAACACAUAUGACUCCACCUCAACCAUCACCGUUAUUACGCCUUUGUUUCAAUAAAAUUGAUCAUAAUUAUUUGGCCACUUUCCAUAUGGAUUCUACUGAUGUUCAAAUAUUGGAUGUGCGAGUUCCUUGUGUACCUGUUGCCGAGUUACGAGGUCACUCUGCAACUGUGAAUUGUGUUAAUUGGGCACCUCAUCAAAGUGGAUAUCUUUGUAGUGGGGGGGAUGAUUCGCAAGUACUUGUAUGGGAUCUUCAUAACAUGUCCUCUAAUACUAGUGGUGGUAAUAAAUAUCAACAAGAUCCAUUUUUGGCAUAUAAGGCAGAUAGCGAGAUUAGUCAGUUAAGUUGGAGCUCAGCAUGUACAGAUUUCGUUGCUAUAGGAUUCGGAAGCACAGUGCAAGCAUUACGCGUGUAA